AUGAAAUUUGCCCAACAUUUAUCAGCCCAUGUGACACCAGAAUGGAAUUCACAAUAUAUUCGAUAUGAUGAAAUGAAAGAGUUACUUGCACAAGCUGUAGCUAAAGCACAACCAUAUGUUGAUGAAAGUGAUAACAUUUUACGUGAACAAUUUUUUUUACGUGUUGACGAACAUUUCUUUCAAUAUUGUGAAAAAGAAGCAACAAAAAUCAAUACUUUCUUCGCAGAAAAACUUGCUGAAGCAUCAAGACGAUGGGAAACAUUAAGCAAUGAAGUUCUACAAAUGGAACAAGCACGUCGAUUUGGACAUCGUCGUCCAGCAAUAGUACCUGGUAAUACUCCUGGAAAUGAUCAAAAUAUUGGUGUUACUAAUACAGAUGGUGUAAAACUAACAAAAGUAAAACAUCGUUCAGGUCACAAUGAAGAUGAUAAUGCAAUGACACCAUUAACACGUGUAUUACCUGAACGUUUAAUUGAACUAACACGUGAAAAACAAACACAACGUGUACAAUAUCGAAAAAGAACUGAUUUAAAAUUAGCUUUCAGUGAAUUUUAUUUAAUGCUCGUUCUAGUACAAAAUUAUCAAACACUUAAUUUUACGGGUUUUCGUAAAAUAUUAAAAAAACAUGAUAAAUUAUUUCGAACAAUUCGUGGUGACGAAUGGCGAAAAUUACAUAUUGAUUCAGCACCAUUUCAUACAUCUCAACAUGUUAAUCAAUUAAUUAAUGAUGUUGAAGUGUUGUAUACUGAUACAUUCGAAUCAGGCGAUAGAGCUCGUGCUAUGAAACGUUUACGUAUACCACCACUUGAAGAAAAACAAUCACCUGCUGUUACAUUUCGUGUUGGACUCUUUGUUGGAAUGCUUUUUCUACUACUUCCAACGGUCAUUAUACUUUGUUCACACCUUCACGACAGUCAAUCAACAAAACCAUUAGCUUGGCGACAAGCAUUAUUUUUAUAUCGUUCAACAUUUCUUGUUGUUCUUCAUAUUGCUUUAGUUGGUAUAAAUGUUUAUGGUUGGUCAUCAUCUGGUGUUAAUCAUGUACUUAUAUUUGAAAUUGAUCCAAGAAAUCAUUUAACAUAUCAACAAUUUCUUGAAAUAGGUACAUUUUUAUUUGUUAUUUGGUUUUUAAGUUUUACUGGAUUUAUUCUUUCAUCUUAUUAUGAUUUUCAUCCAUUUAUUCAACCACUUAUUUUUUUAACAUUGAUUCUUCUUUUUUUAUUUAAUCCAACACCUACACUUUAUCACCAUGCACGUUUUUGGUUUUUAAAAACAUUACGUCGUAUUAUUUGUGCACCAUUUUAUCGUGUUGGUUUUGCUGAUUUUUGGUUAGGCGAUCAAUUGACAUCAUUAGAAUUAAUAUUUUUUGAUAUAGAAUAUUUUCUUUGUUUUUAUUUUUAUGAUGUUGGAUGGUGGCCUGUUAAUUCAAUGUCAUCAGCACGUAGUAUACUUUGUAAUGGUUGGCCAAAAAUAGUUUUACAAACAAUUUUAUUGAUGUUACCAUCAUGGUUUCGUUUUGCUCAAUGCUUAAGACGAUAUCGUGAUACAAAACACAAAUUUCCUCAUUUAGCUAAUGCUGGAAAAUAUGCAACUGGAUUUCUUGUUAUUAGUACAAAUUCUUUACGUCGUGCAACAGCUAUACAUUUUCUUGAUGAUCCAACAUCAAAUCCAUUUUUAUAUGUAUGGAUUCUUGCAUCAUUUAUAGGUGCGACAUAUAAAUUAAUAUGGGAUUUAAGAAUGGAUUGGGGAUUUUUUGAUUCAAAUGCUGGUGAAAAUAAAUUUCUUCGUGAUCAAAUUGUUUAUCCAUCAAAAUUGUAUUAUUAUGCAGCUAUUGCAGAAGAUGUCAUUUUUCGUUAUAUAUGGAUUAUAAAUGUUUUUAUGCAGUUUCGUACACAUUCAGCUGAAUAUGCCGAUGUGAUUGGUUUUAUAUUUGGUUUAAUUGAAAUAUUUCGUCGUUUUAUAUGGAAUUAUUUUCGUUUAGAAAAUGAACAUUUAAAUAAUUGUGGAGAAUUUCGUGCUGUACGUGAUAUAUCUAUAGCACCAAUGUCAACUGUAUUUGAUCAUGGAACAUUAGAAGAUAUGAUGGAUAAAGAUAAUGG